GUGGGGGCGGGGGGGGGGGUUGGGGGUAAGAUGGCCGACGAAGGCGGUGUCACCAUCCUGGAGUAUUUCAGCGAAGACGAGGGCUACAAGUGCGGUUACUGCAAGGGGAGCGCCAGCAGUCACUCCAAUGGAAUGUGGGCUCAUGCUAUGACGGUCAAGGACUAUCAAGAUCUAAUAGACCGAGGAUGGAGAAGGAGUGGCCUGUAUGUUUACAAGCCUACAAUGAAGAGAACGUGCUGUCCUCAGUAUACUAUAAGGUGUCAUCCUUUAGACUAUAAACUUUCCAAAUCUGGCAAGAAAGUGUUGAAGAAAAUGACAAAAUUCCUUUCCAAAGGAGAAAUACCAAAAGGAGACGCUGAACCAAUGGAUUCUCACUGUGAAGAUGCUGGAAGUGGUGAUUUAUCUGUGCCGUGCACCUCAGAAGUUACUGUAAAUAUAGAGACACCUUUGAAAACUGUGAGCCUUGAAGAAGGAAAACAAGAGUCCCUUGACAAAGUGGAGACGGAACCUCAAUCAGAUGCUGCAAGAAAAGGAGAGCUCUGCCAAAUUCAUCCACCCACAGAGGCAAAGGACUCGAUUUCUUCACCAAAGACUGUGCCUAAACCAGGGCAAGGAGCCGAUCCGAGUAAACCACCUUGCCGUAAAGCAAAGGAGGUUCGGAGGGAGAGAAAACUGCAAAAACUCCUACAGCAACAUACAGAAGCAGUUGAUAUGUCUCAACAAGAAACCUCUUGUGCCCAACCACUUGCACUGCAGCACCAAAUCCCUCAAGCCAACCAGCCAAAAUCAAUUGACGAAUUCAUAUCCGAGUCUCUAUCUACAAUUGCAGCACAUCAACUCGAGGUGAGGUUAGUGAGAUCUUCUCCACCAGGCUCCCAGUUCAAAGACACUUUUCAGGAGUCUUACCUGCUCUAUAAAAAGUACCAGAUGGUUAUCCACAAGGACCCUCCUGAAAAAGCAACCGAAUCACAGGUGAAACUAGUGCCUGUCUCCUCCGAGGAUCCAGAUUUCACUGAAUCCUUUAAGCAGUCAGCGACUUUGUAUGCCAAGUAUCAGAUGGUUGUGCACCACGAUUCACCUGAUGAAUGUAGUGAAUCAGAGUUCACACGAUUCCUUUGCCAAUCGCCCCUCAAGGCAGAGAAACUACCAGAUGGGCCUGACUCAGGCUAUGGAUCAUUUCACCAGCAGUAUUGGUUGGAUGGAAAGAUUAUUGCAGUUGGAGUAAUUGACAUUCUUCCAUCCUGUGUCUCCUCUGUGUACCUUUAUUACGAUCCAGAUUACUCGUUCUUAUCAUUGGGUGUUUAUUCUGCUCUCAGGGAAAUUGCUUUUACAACUCAGCUCCAGAAGACAGCCACUAACCUACGGUAUUACUACAUGGGCUUUUAUAUCCAUUCAUGCCCUAAAAUGAAAUAUAAGGGUCAGUACCAUCCAUCUGACUUGCUGUGUCCAGAGACGUAUGUCUGGGUACCCAUUGUGAAGUGUGUAGCGAAGUUGGACCAGUCUAAAUAUAGCCGACUAAAUGAGGACCCAAAUGCAGAUGAUGAGAAGCGCCUGGAUGACCUGAGCAGUGUGUUGGUUCUGUACAAGGGUACAGUCAUGCCUUACACUAUAUAUCGGAGGAAACAAAAGAAAGCCAAUGAUGAGGCGGUUGUACGACAAUAUGCAAAUCUGGUCGGACGGACAUGUGCGGAGCGGAUGCUCUUGUAUCGAAGCUAAAUGUGGGUUUUAUGUUCAUAACAUAGAGAGAAGAAAGUAAAACUUCUGAGCAUAGUAUUGUACGAAGCUCCUAUUUAAAAAAAAACUACAAACAAAAAAAAUUACAAACUCAGGCUAACCACUUCAUAAAUUCCACGUGUAUAAGUGGAACUCUUACAUUUUGUCUACUGUAUUUCUCAAAGAAUUGAGUCCUCGUGUUACAAUCAGAAACAGUUUGAAGAAACCUUCCUAUUGUGCAUUUGGUUAAAUAAUAUGUGGACGAGGAUUUUUGAAAGAGAAAAUUAUCAUUCGAAAAUUGUCGGCAACGGGCAAGUUAUGCUACUUCAGGAAAAACAAACCAAAACAGCUUGUUUUCAGCACUGAUGUAUGAUAUGUAAGGAAAUAUGAGUCACAUUCAACCUUGUUAAGCAGUGAUAUUCAUAAGCAAAACACAAGGUGUACUCCAGUGUAAGCCCCAUGCAUUUGACCUCAGGAGACUGAUAUUUUUGACCUUUGGAUACAAGUAAGACCUGGUGGCAACAGAAGCCCAAACAAUCUCCCUUUAGCAGCAGUGAGAAUUUGUCCCCACAUAUAAGGAAUUAUUUACAUGUGCAGCAUUUCAAUAACACAACAAAAGUGUGCAAAAACUUACCUGUUUAUGCUUGGCUUAGUUUGAAUAGGAAUAUUACUUUGUUUGUGUGUGUGAUAAAAGCAUUGAUUCAUACUAAAUGCGUUACCCGCAUCUGGGUCUCUACUCAAAUGAUCAACCACAGAAUGAUUGGCUCCAGUAGUAAGUGCGCUUCUUUCACACUCAACCAUAGCAUCCACAUAGCAAGUUAUCAUUGAAGCACACAGAAAGGCUUAUUGAUAAUGUAUAUACAGGUUCCAACAGGAGCCGCAUGGCUGAAGCAGCAUCUGUUCAUGCUAGAGCAGCACUUUUCCCAUAGCAUUCCAAAGAAAACAUUGAGUUGUUAUGGAGGUGGCAAAGCUCACUGCACUGUGAACCAUCAUUGUGAAUUGGGCCCAGUCAGAGGGCAAGGACAAGGUGGGAGUCCCAUGAGUAUUGCCUCCUGCACGGGAGCAAUAUUCAGCCGAAGAGAGGCAUGUGGAAAAGGCAGACCAGAAAGAGACACAAAUAGAAAGGUUGUAGGCAUCCUUCCACAAGCCCUCCAAAACAGUGUCAGUGUGCGUAGAGGAGGCACAGUGGGAAGCGAUUGGAAUCGUAUUAACAGGGUUAAACAACAACAUGAUUGCAUUUAUAGAGCGCCUUUCACG